AUGUCACAGCAGUCGUACAAAUGUCCUUCAUGCGAUUAUGCAUGUUUUCAAUUAAAAAGAUACGUUGAUCAUCUGAAUGACAAUCAUGGCACCGCAAAGAAUAUUUUUAUAUCGUGCCAAAUAUGUAACACGACGUUAUGUGCUCGCGGUUUUUCGAAACACGUCAGUCGAUUUCAUAAAACAUGUUUAAGUUAUGAUAAUAAUGAUGAUGAUGGUAAUAGCAGCAGUACAAAUAAUUGUUCGAGUGAAAAUGGUUCAAUAAAAGAUCGAAAUAAUUGUUUACUCAAUGACAACGAUAAUGAUAAUGCGAUGGCGAUACCACAUCAAGAACCACAGCAAACCAUAGAAGAAGGUGUUACUGAUCCAGCAUGUUUAUUUAUUAUGAAACUUCUACAUUUCCUCUUAACACGUCAAUCAUUAUUUUACGUUUCUGAAGCAGCAAUUAAAUAUGUUGCUUCCAAUAUAGCUGAUAUUUUGGAAUGGAUGCUCAGUCAUAGUGAAGUUGUUCGCCAAGGAAUUUUGUUUUUAAGACGAAUGUCAUCUGUCAAUAGUCGCUUGAAGGCUGCUGAAGAAAACUUUGGCUACGAAUAUCCACAAAAUAACAAUGUUCGUAUUGCAUUACAAAACAACAAGUUUAUUCAGGUCAAGUGGAGCGUUAUACCAUUCCUGAAAAAUCUGGCUAUGUUUUUGAAACUACCAGAAGUACAACAAGAUUUAACUCGUCCAAUAGGCACAAUUUAUCCAGUAAUGUUGGAUGUAACAGAUGGUGAUUUUUGUCGUUCACACUUGUUAUUUCAAAAUAACCAGUAUCUCAAAAUAGAAUUAAAUUCAGACGACUUAAAUAUUACUAAUGCAGUGUCUCAUAAACUACACAAAAUUUUCUUUGUGUACUGGUCGCUACUGAAUUUACGUCGUGAUCAUCGUACAGGUCAAGUUGCAAAACGUUUAGUUACUGCCUGUGAUUCAAAGGCGUUGAAACAUGAUUUAUUUGAACAAAUCCUCAGUGAUUUUUUAACCGGUAUAAAAGUUUUGGCUACAGAUGGUUUACGUGUAAUGGUUGAUGGUUCAGAAAGAAUUUAUAAAGGGGCAUUAUUAUUCACAAUUGGUGAUUAUCCAGCCCAGCAAGCCAUCCAUGGCCGGACAGAAUCGAUUCCAUCCAAUUAUACAAAAGAAGAUUAUGAAGGUGCCUGUUCUGUUAUUGAAAAUAUGUCUUCUGGUGAAAACAAUAGUUAUCUCGAAUUCUGGCGAACAACAUUAGGUAUCAACAGAAGAAGCAUAUUUUCAAAUUUACCACAUUUUGACCCAACGGUUCAAGUGUUAUUUGACCCGAUGCACGUCCUACUUCAGGGUAAUCAAAGUUUUUUAUCAUCACUGGAUAAAACAAUACUUUUUGUCCAAAAGUCCCUGCAACAGGAUAGUUCGUUUUUAUGUUCACGACGUUCUGCUUUGUUUAGGUGUUUGCAUGCCAUUGGAUGCAGUGCAAAUGUAUCAUCUUUUUAUCAAUUUACCAUUUAUUUUACGCUCAUUAUUAAAUCGUUAUCAAUAGAUAUUUUGAAAAGCGAUACAUAUUUACAAGGUGUUACACCGAUAACAGCUACCUUAUCUGAAAAUCUUGAAAUAUGGGAUUUGCCGGUUCUGCCCACUCAUACUGAACGAAAAAUUAAAUUAAAUUCGAUAUGGUAUACCGCUGGUGCAGUGUUAUGUACAUCAAAUGCAUAUUUAUCAGACAAUAUUGAAUUGGUCAAGAUUGAUCAUAUAUUUGUUGCUGAUGGAAUACCUACAUUUGGUAUCCAUUUUUUGAAAAUCAUAAGUUAUGAUCAGUACAUGAGAGCUUUUCAAGUUCAAGAACGUGAACGAUUUGGCACAGUAGCAAUUGCUGAUUUAAAACAUAUAUGGCCACUGAAAUUAGUUAAUUCAAAUAAUAAUAUUUAUGUUGCAUUACGUCCAUACGAAUCUAAAACAAAUGGCUUUGAUCACUCAGUAUUAUCAUCGUCGAUAAACGAUAGCAGUGCAACAACUACACCAGAAACGACUCCCUGUUUGUCAUUGUCUUCAUUAUUAAAUUCAGAACUUGAUUGUUCAACGCCAUCAAAAUGUCAUCAAUCACCUCCAGAAAAUCGAACGUCGACGCCAUUAUUAAAUACAAAAAAAAAAGAAAAUAUAGAAUAUAUAACUCAAUCACAAGUAAUGUUUUCAGAAGUCUCACCAACAGCAGUUGCAAGGAAAUUAAAUUCCUCAAAACAAAGUAAAAAAAUGCCCGAAUCGCGUGUUCACGUGCCUACAUCUCUUCAGUUACCCGCUUAUACAGAAGCGGUUGAAAUGGCUUUAAAAACCGGCAAUAUUAAACCUGUUGCUGGUUUAUUUUUUCGUCAAACUCGUGAUCAUAUAAUGGCUCGUUACGAUACGAAAACAGCAACUGACUACAGAAAUAUCAGUAUUGCUAUCGUGUCGAAAUAUUCAAACUUAGCUGUCGCUCCGGGUUUCCAAAAAAGACAAACCUCCACAUCAAAAAUAAAAUUAGAAAAGGAAAAAAGGAGGAAUUUAGACAAUGAUUCUGAUGACGAUGCAAAUAGCGAUUUAGAACAAAAUGAUUUUUCUUCGAUCCUAAAUCCAGAUGAAAUUCCUACACAAAAUGAAGAAGUCAUUGUGGAUUAUGAUCUUCUAACUGGACUCUUAUCUCCAAAAAGAACAAACACAGCAACGUCUCACGAUACAGAAGUAACAGCAUCACAAUCAUUUGAAAUAAGAAAGGAAGAUGCAGAUUUACAAGAAUUAUCACCCCCAUCAUGCACUGUAAAUAAGCAAGAUGAACCAGAUAACACAGCAGCAAAACAAAACUAUUAUGAACAAUUAAGACAAAAAGUCAAACGAAUUCAUCCAAUGCUGCGUUGGAUUUGCGUGAUAUUACAUCGACACAGACGACGUCAGAGUCUGCUUUAG